AUGCCCGCUACCUUCGAAAUGAACCACGGCGAGAAGAGCCAAUUCUUCACCGUUCUCCCCGCUACGGAUCUUAUCUUUAUACACCUGACGUCGUUUCGGCAGAGAAUCUGGGAUCUGAGCAAACAACUUCCCUUCGCCUCCUGGAGACUUGGUUUCGGGGGCAUGUGCCACGUCGCCCUGGAAUUCGAUCCGUCGUGGAGCAUCGCUGAACUUAAGCAGUAUCAACAGGAGUGGGAAGGAGGCCAGCCUGAACUGAGCGUCGAGCGCUGGAAGGAGUACGACAUGCUGGUACAAACCAGUAGAAACGUUCACGCCCGUGGCAACCUCAAGACGUUGUGGCUCGUGGAUCGUCGUCUGCGAAGAGAACAUCUAGCGCCCACCACUGAUCAACUAGAAGCCAUGUUGGAGGUCGAAGUCAUGUCAGACGAAGAGCGAAUGGUUUUCCAUGAAGGCGGCUGCAGGUACUUUGGUGCGACGGCGUUCUAUGAAAGAUGGCCCUGGGCAUACGAGGACGAUGACCCGGGAUCGGCAGACAGUAGCCGUGAAACAGUAUGGCAGUUUGCAUACAGUCUGCAAUGGGUCGCCACUGUUCAAGCAAUAGACCGCGCCGGUGAUCCUUGGAAUCUACCCCUUGGCGCCGUUCAACGAUGGGGGGUCUUAUUACAAUCGAGCUAA